AUGUAUGUGCCAACUACUAUCCUAUGGACAAUUGAAAUUGGUGCUGACAGAUUCAAGAUUCCUGAUGUAUUAUUUAAUCCGUCUCUAGUACAGACUAUACCUGGUAUGGAAAGUUCUGCAGAGAUUGCUUCAUCUGCUCGUGGUCUGCCACAAAUGGUCGUUGAGAGCAUAAACAAGUGUGAUGUUGACAUACGAAGAGAACUCUAUAGCAGUAUACUGGAAUCUCCGCAAGCAGCAAGGGUUAAAGUGUUGGCGAGUGGAAAUGCUACAGAAAGAAGAUUCAGUGUUUGGAUCGGUGGGAGUAUAUUGGCAUCGCUCGGCUCCUUCCAGCAAAUGUGGUUCUCAAAGUCUGAGUAUGAAGAGCAUGGGGCAUCUUACAUUCAGCGUAAAUGCCCUUAG